AUGGACUCAAUCACGAUGGCCAUACAGUCCAUUCCCCAAUCCAAACCGACAAGGCCGAGCCAUGAGGAACCAAAUGCGCUGGAGAACCCCAUCCAUCUUAAUUUCAUGCGAGAGGCGUUAGAAAUGGGGGAAAAGGGGCUAAAACAUGGGGAAACACCCGUGGGCUGCAUCCUCGUGCUGGAUAACCAGAUCGUAGCGCGUGGGAUCAAUGAUACCAACAGAUCAGGAAAUGGUACACGUCAUGCCGAGUUUAUCGUGAUCGCGCAGCUACUCAAGACGUAUCCUCGGUCCGCACUCCAAUCAACAGAUCUGUAUGUCACCGUCGAACCUUGCGUGAUGUGUGCCUCUGCGCUCAAGCAGUAUCGCAUACGGAGUGUUUACUUCGGGUGUGGUAAUGCUCGGUUUGGGGGAAUCGGCGGAGUGCUUUCCUUACACUUGGAUUGCUCAAUUGACCCUUCAUUCCCUGUUUACGGAGGUUUGUUUGAGGCCGAGGCUAUUGAUUUGAUGAGGAGGUUUUAUGCGUUGGGAAAUAAGAACGCCCCGAUCUCGAAAGUGAGGAACAAGAGGCUGAAGGCGCUAUACCAACAGAAAAGCAACCAAAUGAUGGAAUUGUCUGAAGUGACAAACGAGGAAACGGAUGAAGCCGAAUCUGUGUCUCCUUAUCGGGGGACCCACCGCCUUUGA